AAAAUUUGCUAAAUCUAUACUAUUAGUGCGGCAACCCUUAAUUAAACAACGUCUAUACAUAAAUUAGAUUGAUUUAUUUGAAGUCGUUUACUAUAAUCUCUAAAAAUGAAAAUAUUAUUCAAUGCUUUCCUAUUAAUUGCAAUACUACAAGUGUGUCGAGUUCACAGUUUCCCAAAAUUAAAUAGCUGUCAACAACGUUACAAGUACUACUCAAGAUCAGAUUGGGAAGCCCUUCCAGUGUCUUACGUCACUCCGCUAUCAACACCAGUCCCAUAUGUGGUGAUUCACCAUACAUAUAAACCUGACGCCUGCACCACACAUCAAGAAUGCAGCCAAGCCAUGAAAUCGAUGCAAGCGUACCAUCAAAGCCUUGGUUGGGAUGAUAUUGGAUACAACUUUUGUGUGGGAAACAGUGGCGAUGUUUAUGAGGGAAGAGGCUGGGAGGUAAAAGGUAUUCACGCAGGUCCAGCCAACGGCGUCAGUAUUGGCAUCUGCCUUAUAGGAGAUUGGAGGGUUAAUCAACCACCAGAAGAUAUGUUGCAAGCGACGAAAUUUCUCAUUGAAACUGGAGUUGAACAAGGCUACAUAAAACCAGACUACAAGCUAGUAGGACAUAAGCAAGUAAUGGCCACCGAAUGCCCUGGAACUGCGCUUUUCAAUAUAAUUUCCAAAUGGGAUCACUUUUCAAAUAAAUUUAGUGUAAUAUAACAAAAUAAAAAUAACAGACAAUCUUUAUAUCGUUA